AUCGAAGAAGCUUAGAUAUCAUCGAACGUCCUUCAACUGCUCUCUCUUACGAUCUCAGUUUCUUUCAUCCAUGGCGUCUCUUUCUUCCACAUCUCUCUCUCUUCCCAAUGCUCAACAGCUUCAUCUUUCGUCUGGCUUUUCUCUGAAGCCAUGUGUCAGUGUUUCUUUUGGACUGAAUCACUCCAACAAACUUCAUAUUUCUGCUCCUAGAAGCAAAAGGAUCCUGACCAUUCAAUCAGCAUACAGAGAUGAUGACAGUUCAGGCAGCACUGGCUUAUUUGUCGGAGGGUUUAUUUUGGGCGGACUCAUAGUUGGGGCUCUCGGAUGUGUAUACGCACCACAGAUCAGCAAGGCUAUAGCUGGAGCAGACCGAAAGGAUCUCAUGAGGAAAUUGCCGAAGUUCAUAUAUGACGAGGAAAAAGCCUUGGAGAAAACACGCAAGGUACUGGCUGAAAAAAUCGCUCAGCUUAACUCUGCUAUCGACGAUGUGUCCUCGCAGCUCAAAUCAGAAGACACCCCGAAUGGUGCAGCUCUAAACACUGAUGAAGUCGAGGCUACAGCCUGAAGUCAUCUGUUUUAGGAUUUGAAUUGAAUCACGGGUGAUUACUUAUUAUGAUCCCAAUAAUUGUUGGCUGUUUCUAUGUAAUGUUGUACAACUUUUUCAACUAUCUUCAAAUGACUACCGUCUUCUCUGUUUGUCUCAAAA